CCAUGUGGAGUGUGGAUUGUCUCAUCUGUGGUUACAGGUUAUUGGUGUCACAGAUGACAAAUGAAGAUUGGUGUCUCGUUAUAUCCGUGUUAGGAGUAUUAGUAUUCUGUGUAUCUGUAUCUGUGGCUACAUUUGAAGUUUGUGCUCUGUGGUUUUUCAUUUUUGGUGUCUUGUCUAUUUUUUUCUUUGUUUAUUUUAUUUUGUGUUCUAUUUUCUUUUUCCUUUAAUUUUCCGUUUAUUUAUUUCUUGUUACAUAUGUUUUGAGUUCAGUUCGUUUCUUUUCGAUAAUGGGGACGAGCACAAUGGGCAGCGACUUACAUUCGGACAAGCAGGACAAGCUCGUGAAGCUGCAGGCCAGGAAGAAGGAGCUCGAGCAGAUGCUGGCGGCCAAGAACGAGGAGCUGUACCGGCUGUGCGUGCAGGAGGUGCAGCUGACGGGCGUCAUGCCGCCCGAAGCGCCGCUCAGUCCCGACGCGCCUCGCGAGCGCGCCGCCAGCGUGCGCAGCGACGGCACCGACGCGCCCGACGGAGCCGACGCGCGGCGCCGCCGGCACCCCGCUCACCGUCUGUCCACGCCCGCGCGCCGCGCCGACGCCGGCUGCGCCAACUUCUUCCCCUCGCCGCCUCACGAGCGCGCCGACACCUUCUCGCUGCACAGCGCGCACGCGCCCGCGCGCGCCGCCCGCCCCGCCCACCCCGCCCACCCCGCGCGCCCGCGCGACGCGCACUUCAGCUCCAGCCACCCCGACAUCGCGCACUACGCGCCGCCCGCGCCGCUGCUGUACCAGUACGCGGCGCAGCUCAAGGCGCACAGCCGCCACCUGGCGCCGCACCACCACCACCAGCCGCCGCUCGCCCGCCGCCGCACGGCGCUCACGCGCACGCAGACCUACCACCUCACCUCGCACAGCGACUACAGCCAGCACCUGGACGCCAUGACGCCGCCGCCGCCCGUGCUGCGCCCGGCGCCCGCGCCCGCCACGCUGCCGCUGCGCGAGCGCGCGCGCCCGCUGCUGGUGGCCGCCGACGCGGACGCCGGCGCGUGCUCGCCACUGGCGCUGGCGGACGGGCGUGGCCGGGAGAAGCAGUGGUACGAGACGGCGCUGGACGCGCCCGCACGCGCAGAGGCGCCGCGGCGGGGCGCGGGCCUGCGGCGCACGCCGAGCGCUGGCGCCGCACAAACGUACGAGGUCAUGGUGUCGUCGGGCCGCCACUCGGCGCUGCAGAGCCCGAGCUCCGCGCGCAGCCCGCCCGUGCUGUCGCCCGGUGCGGUGUCGCUGGAGUCGCCCAAGAACAUGACAGUCAUCGAGCAGGGCAAGUGCAUCCCCUAUCGAGAGGAGACCAAGCCAUUUGAGAUGUCGGACUUCUACAAAUAUUCCACAAAGUUCCGGCACGCUUCGGCCCCCAAGCCCGCCGCGGCGCUCCCCGGCGCGCCCGCCGGCGCGAGGUGCCCCCGGCUGCCCGUGGAGUUGCCCCCCCAUGGCCCGGAGCAGUGGCACAGCUGUGGCAACUGAAGUAGUGGCAGCAGCAGCAGACCUCUCGUGUAUACAGACUGCAGUUGUUAGUUGACCAUACGAAGUGUUUGAGCGGAGGAGGCGCAGGUGCCCUGUGGACUCAUUAUUUUUUAUAUUUAUAUUAUGUUAUUAGUUUAGUUAGUACUUAAAAUAUUAUGACAGGAUCUCUAAAAUAUUUACUUUUAUUUCAUUAUUGGACAGGUGACCAAUGUGUACACUGGUGUAUUGUUAUGGUUCAAUAUUCAAUAAUAUAUGAUUUGACAAGAAGCAAAGGGCCACCAUAUUAAGUAAUGAUGUAACAUUCGCUCUGUGAUAUUUUUGAUUUAAAGAUAUUCACUUAUUUGCCUUACAUUCAAGUGAAAGGACGCUGCACACCACAGCCUAGAUGUGUACUGUUUAUCAAUAAACAAAUUACAAAUGAGGGUAGAAAACACAUUUCAUUUCAUAACUUAUUUAUUUUAAUUAUUAUAUUGUUUGCUUAUAAAAUUAAAUAUAUUGAAUUGUUUUAAGCUUAUAAUCAAAUAUAUUUUUAUUAAUAUUAGAACAAGUUAAUUACAAUGACUAGCAAUUUAUACCCUCAUUUUUAAUUUGUUUGUUGAUAAACUACACAUUGAGUAGGGUUGUAGUUAUGUAAUUUAUAUGAUAGUAGAUAUAAAUAUCUUCAAAUUAUGUUAAAAUAACUAGGUGCACUCACAUUUCAAUGUAGUAAGUGUUGUGUGAAUCACUCGCACUCAUAUUUACUGUCAUUCUUGCUCUUCAUUUGACAAUGUACAAUGAAACAUUUGAAAGUAAAUUUUUGUGGUAACUAAACACAAUUUAUGUUUUACAGUUAAUUUCUUGAAACACUUGAAAAAAGCAACUUUGAUAUGUAGUGUCUUGUUUGGUCAUUGUUGAGUAAUGACCUUUAACAUAAAAAUUGUAUUGAUUGCCAGCGCCAACUGCUACACAAGUGGAAUUUUGUGUUUUGUAAUUGAUAAUCUAAGAUAAUUUUUUAAGCCUCUGUUUGUUUUUAGGCCACUUGAAGUCCAAAAGACCAAAUAGCUCUUUGGCUUUGAGUCUAAUUAUUAACGAGUUUUCGUUUUUAGAACUUCGAGCCAAAAUAUAUGACUAGCUUCUUUAAAAGGAUCGCGUCUAUUCUUAAAGGCUGAAAGGCUAAAAGCCGAAAGGGCUCUGAGCCCUAAAGAGUAUAGGCUUUUUUUAUUGUGAAGAAAUUAAGUACCUACACACGUUUGUUAUGGAUGAGAAUGUAUGAUUAGCUGUGUGACGUCAUUCUAAAUUAUUGGAUUUAGAAUGACGUCACACAGCUAACCAUACAUUCUCAUGGCAGAUUAAUUUUGGAUUAAAAUUUUAGAUUCGAAUUUUGGAGUUUGUUUGGAUUCGAAUUUUGGUAUUAUUGUAGAUAUUUACACGUUAGCAGGUUACUGGACACGUGUCGAGCGCGGUACGACACGACGUUUUGUGUAGGUACUUCCAAUUCAGAAUUACGGAGCAAGUUAUCUGAUAUAAUAUAUACUUCAUAAACUAUAUUAUAAAGAGGUAAAGUUUGUGGUAUCGUAGGGACCUACAAACCGAUUUUGAAAAUUCUUUUAACACUCGUAAGCCACGUUAUUUGUGAGUGUCAUAGGCUAUAUUAUGUUAUCCCCGUAUUCGGGAACGGAAACUACAGUGCCCGCCACGAGAUAUUGUGUUUGUGAAGUUAGCCACAAAUGACUGCGCAAUGAAUGAAUACCGGCACAAACGGCGCGGGCGGGGAGCCGACUAGUCACUAGACGAGAACGCGCGUCUAAUGUCUAUACUCAUUCCUCGGCUAACUUCACAAUCAAAGAUCCGUGGCGAGCACUAUACGCGGGUGAAACCGCGGGGCGACGGAUAGUAGGUACACUAAAAGGAAUAUAGGAAAAUUUAUUUUUGUAUUUAUCUAGUUUGUAAAGCGUUCGGUGCGAAGAGCAUCAUUUGCCUAGGUUUAAUAAAUUUGUUUACUAAGUAGCUA